AUGAUGACCAUUCUUGUCCACUUCAUAUUGGUAUGGAGGAAGGUUCUCUACACCUACCUGUCUAUGGCAAAGCUAUCCUAUCACAAAGCCUUGGGUCGAACGGCCGUUGGGCCGAGUCAUGGGUCUCUGAGCAUUAUGGACAAUCGAACACAGCGGACGUAUCAGAUUCCCAUUGUCCACAAUGCAGUCAAGGCCGUUGAUUUCCGCCGUAUCACGGCUGCCCAGGAAGGCGCCGACAUGGUCGACCAGCUUGACAACGGCCUUCGUAUUGUUGACAAGGGUUACUUGAACACUGCAUGCAUGGAGUCUUCAAUUACUCUCAUUGAUGGCAAGCGUGGCUACAUUCAGUACCGCAACCACUCAAUUGAGGCUUUGUUCGAGCACAACGAUUAUGAAGAAGUUAUCCAUCUUUUGAUCUGGGGCAAAUUGCCCAGCUCGGCAAAAAAGCAGACACUUCGUCGCAAAUUGGCUGCUGAGAUGAAGGCUCCUCAAUGUGUUAUCAAUGUUGUCAGAUCGUUUCCUCGCGACUCCAUGACUUUUCCAAUGAUUAUUGCUGCCCUUGCUGCCUAUGCUUCAGUGGAUGAAGGUGCCCGUGCCACACAUACCAAGGGAGAGCCUCAGUACUUGGGCAAAGGCAAGGCAGUGGAUGAAGCGGUUAUCCGCACCAUGUCAAUUCUUGCUACAACUAUUGCUUUAGUCUAUUGUCAUAAGCGUGGUCGCUCUUUAAACGCUCCCAAUCCAGAAGGGUCUUUCAUCGGAAACAUUCUGUUGAUGAUGGGCUUUCUCGAGCCGGGAACUGAACACACGCAACCACUCCCCAACCAAAAGAUUGAAAAAUGCUUCGAACGUCUCUGGAUCCUGUAUGCCGACCAUGAGAUGACUAACUCAACUGCCGCCUUCCUCCAUGCUGCAUCUACGCUGACUGACCCGUUGUCAUGUUGUGUGACGGGUAUCGUGUCUGCCUAUGGGCCACUUCACGGCGGGGCCAUCGAUCUUGCUUAUAAGGGAUUCGAAGAUUUGGGAACUCCUGAAAAUGUGCCAAAGCUAAUUUCAGCUGUGAAGGCAAAGAAGCAGCGAUUGUUUGGUUAUGGCCACCGCAUCUACAAAGUGGUAGACCCGCGAACGAAGUUCAUCCGUCAGCUGAUAGAAGAGUACAAGGAGCAGGUCAAAUCCAAUCCGCUACUCAGUGUAGCCUUGGAAAUUGACCGUGUGGCAGGUGAAGAUCCCUACUUCACUUCCCGCAACUUGAAGGCCAAUGCAGAUCUUUACGGCUGCUUCCUGUAUACUGCCUUGGGGUUUGAAACGGACAUUAUCGUCGCCAUGGCCAGCCUCUCACGCACGCCUGGUGUAAUGGCUCAUUGGAGAGAAUCAAUGGGUACGUGGAUUGUUUAUGUCCCUCUUGGUCACCCCAUGCAAUGUGUCUAA